AUGGGGGCUGCGACGGGCACCGGCUGGGAGGAGGGAGAGUUUGAGUUCAAGUUGGUGUUUGAGGAGGACCCGCCGAGGCAGAGCCAGGGACCGUCCCCGGUGCGCACAGCCGAGCCGGAGAGCUCCGGACCCGGGGAGGAAAGUGAAGUCGCCUUGCUGCACCUGGACUCCGGCAACAGCAGCAGCAGCCUGGUUACAGACAACCACCUGGCUGCCACUCAUGUUGGCCACUCAAUCAGCAUCCCUAGCCCACCACCCUCAGCCAAUCAGCGGGCUGGGAUGCAUUCCCCGCCUCCACGAAGGGCCCCAGUCAGAGAGUUCAGUGGGACCUAUGAGAGCCUGCCGGCACGCUCUGUACAGGUUUCAGAGUCUCGUGUGGUCGAGUGUCCGAGCAUUCAGAUAACCACCAUCUCACCUGAAGAUGACCCAUCAACCACCAUUUCCAGUUACUGGGACAUGGGGGGCGGAGGUGGGUGGGACCGCGAGCGCCUCUACCUCCCCCUGCUGGACCCCUUUUCCUAUCGUGACAGAUGCCCCGGCUCCCUCAGCCCCAGCCCCGCCUCCAGCCCGUCCUCCCGCGGCUGGCUCAGCCCAGCCUCCAGCUGCGACUCCCUGUUGGUGGAGGAAGAGGAGCUCAACGAGGCCACAAUCAAUUUCGGGCUCUCGCCAUCCUCGAGGCCUACUUCGCCAGGGGGUAAGAAGCGUAGAAACUCCCCUCUGGCUUCCCCCUGUACUUCACGGAGGGGCAGUUACUCGGAUGAACUGCAGGGGUGCAACCUGGAGGGCGGAGACUCCUCCCCUCAGUUACAAGCUCUGCCCAGCAGCUGUGAGCUCAGCAUCCCUCAGAAAACCAGGAAGACGUCAUUAGAGCAGUUAUCUUCAAGGGAGGUGGAUCAGGAGCAGGCUCCAGGCCACAGCUCCCCCUGCCCGCUGCCAGAGACGCAGCAGACCAGGAGAGAGCCCCCCUCGCUGGGCAUGGACUACCUCUCUGUGCCCCCUGCUCUGGCCUGGGGCAGGACCCGAGCCAGCGCCCACAGUCCUCUGUUCAGGUCUAAUGCCUUGCCGCCACUCGACUGGCCGCUGCCGUCCCAGUUCGACCAGUACGAGCUGCGAAUUGAGGUGCAGCCCCGUCCACACCACAGAGCCCACUACGAGACGGAGGGGAGCCGAGGAGCCGUCAAGGCUACACCAUCAGGGCAUCCUGUCGUUAAGCUGUGUGGAUACACAGAGAGGAAGCCGCUCUCGCUUCAGGUUUUCGUCGGAACAGCUGACGAUCGAUCCAUCAGGCCACAUCCUUUCUAUCAGAUACACAGGGUGACAGGGAAGAUGGUGGGCACCGCCAGUCAUGAGAGCGUCCAGGCGGGGACCAAGCUGCUGGACAUCCCCCUCAACCCUGAGAACAACAUGACGGCACUCAUCGACUGCGCCGGGAUCCUGAAGUUGAGGAACUCAGACAUCGAGCUGAGGAAAGGCGAAACAGACGUUGGGAGGAAAAACACACGAGUCCGUUUGGUCUUUCGUACCCAUCUCCCUCUAGCGCCUCCUGUUGCACCUCUUAGUCGGGUCCUGGCUCUGCAGGUUGCGUCCCUGCCCAUCGAAUGCUCUCAGCGUUCGGCACAGGAGCUGCCCGUCAUCGAGUCUGUCAGCCUCACUUCCUGUUCGGUGGAAGGAGGAGAAGAGCUCCUGCUGAGCGGCAACAACUUUCUGCCGAUCUCCAGAGUCCUUUUAAUGGAGAGAGGGACAGAUGGUAAAUUACAUUGGGAGGAGGAGGCUCAUGUCGACCGUGACAACAGUAAUGAGUGUUUGCUGUGUGUGAGGGUUCCCGCCUACAGCGACAUGUCCGUCAGUCGGCCCGUUUCCGUCAGUCUUUACGUCUCCAACGGGAAGAGAAAAAGGAGCAGCACCCACUGCUUCAAAUAUCUGCCCAUUAUGUUUAAAGAGGAGGACCCGCUGCUGUCCCGGCCCCAGGUGCUGCCUCUCGAUGGGGGGACUGUGUGUCCUGUGGGAGGUCAACCCAGAAUGGACAGGGGCUUCCACGUGAGAGGGGACCCCAUGGCGGACGAGAGAGGCCUGGGCUUCCACCUGCCCCCUUACCCCUCCACCUACUCCCCUCCGUGCCCGACCAUCGGCUACCAGGAGGAGUACUGCUCUAAACCUGAUUCUGCGUCGGAGGAGCCCGGCGGGUCCAGGGCAGCCCUGUCCGAAAGUCACCCCAGCUUUGAGAACCUGGAGCUGGGCUUCACCGAGCUCCUACCCCCUCUGUACCCCCGCGUCCCGCAGCCUCCCUCCCCUUCCCCUUCCCCAUGGCUGGACUCACCUUACCUCUCCUCCUCACCCUCUCCUUCCCACUCCUCCUCUCUCAGCCCGUUCCCAGCCGGCAGUCCCAUCUCCACCUCCCCUCUCCCCCCGAUCCCCACCUCCCCUUACCCACAGUACUCUGCCUAUCCUCAGGAGAUGUGUCCGUCCCCUCCCUCCAACCAGAACCCCUAUCAGGACAUCUGUCCAGCACCCUACUCCCAUUACGAGGGCUGGGACCCUCAGGGAAGGAUGCUGGGGAUGGGACAUGUGGGAGAGAGGGAUGCGAAGAUUCAAGAGUGCCCCCUGGAGUUUACCAACUCUGCUUCUAUGCACCACAUUACAUUUGAAGAAGUGACGGAGUACAUCGGGGAGGACAUCCAGUCUUACCAGUCGGGCUCACACAUGGACAACCAGCCGAACUGAGCUCAGUGCAGCUCAGCGUCUUUCUAUCCCAAAAAAAAACCGCACUUCAGAUGCAUCUUGAAA